ACGCCUUUUGAAGCAAAAAAAAGGCCACGCACAAUCCAUUUCCCCUCCGUUCCAAAUGGAAGCCGAAGACCGUAACCCGCCCACCAUCUACUCCGUCUCUUCCGUCGACUCGCCCGAGUUCACCCGCUUCACUCGCGCCCUAACUCGCUCAUCCGUCAUCGGCCUCGACGCCGAGUGGCAGCCUCUCCGUGUCCACCAGCCCACGUUCCCCACCGUCUCCCUCCUCCAAAUCGCCUGCCGAUCAGCCGGCGACGACGACGAUUCAUCGGUUUUCCUACUGGACCUCUUAGCGAUUCCUCUCCCGUCAAUCUACGGACUGUUGAAGGACGUGUUCGUUUCACCAGAGGUGCUGAAACUGGGGUUUAGGUUCAAGCAGGAUCUGGUUUACUUGUCUUCCACUUUCUGCUCUCAAGGCUGCGACCCUGGUUUUGAUAGGGUGGAACCCUUUCUGGACAUUACAAGCAUUUACAAUUAUCUACAACACAAGCAACUAGGAAGAAAGAUACCGAAGCAAAUCAAGAGCUUGGCAACCAUCUGUGAAGAAGUGUUGGGCAUCUCUCUUUCAAAGGAACUUCAAUGUAGUGAUUGGUCAUGUCGUCCCCUUACAGCAGAGCAAAAAGCAUAUGCAGCUGAAGAUGCACAUUGUUUGCUUGAAAUCUUUAAGGUCUUCCAGAUCAAGGUUAGCAAAGAAGGGGAUUCUUUCGGUGAAGUCACUGAACUUAGUUUCUCUCAUCUAGAUCUUGGGUUGAAAGAGAUUCUUGAGAAGCCUAAUAGUUGUGAUAAAAUCUUGCGGACCAAAUUCAGUGAAGCUUUAGAGAUUGUCCGAGCUACUACAUCUUCUGAAUCCUCUCAUAGAGUACUUUCUGCAAGGAGAGAAGUACCUGAUGUGUCAUGCAUGAAUACCAUACCAAUGGAUGGUUCGCUAUUGCAGAUUGUUCAGAUACAUGGUGAUAGAAUCCUAUUAAAGGAAUCUGACAGAAAACCUAAAAUGUCCAGAAAGAAAGGAAAAAGAAAACCUUCUGAAAGUUUGAUAUGCAAAGAAAGGCGAUCAGAAAAGGUCGAUGAUUGGCAAGGCCUUCCACCUUGGGACUUGUCCUUGGGUGGUGAUGGAUGCCCGAAGUUUCUAUGUGAUGUGAUGGUAGAAGGCUUGGCAAAACAUCUUCGGUGUGUUGGAAUAGAUGCUGCAGUUCCAUAUGCUAAAAAGCCUGAAACCAGGGGCUUAAUAGACCAAGCACAAAGAGAGAAGAGGGUGCUUCUGACACGAGAUGUCAAGCUUUUGAGACAUGGAUAUCUAUUAGAAAAUCAAAUAUACAGAGUGAAGAGUCUUCUGAAAAAUGAACAGCUGCUUGAGGUAAUUGAGACUUUCCAAUUGAAAAUUAUUGAGGAUCACCUGAUGUCAAGGUGCACCAAAUGCAAUGGUAGGUUUGUUCAAAAACCACUAACAACAGAGGAGGCUGUUGAAGCUGCGAAGGGUUUCCAAGUGAUUCCCAACUGUUUGUUUAACAAGAAUUUAGAGUUCUGGCAGUGCAUGGACUGCAACCAACUCUACUGGGAGGGAACCCAAUACCAUAAUGCAGUACAGAAGUUCAUCGACGUUUGCAAGCUAAAUGCGUAACUCAAAUGCCACCAAUCCUCGGCGAAUAUUUGCAACGGGUAUCGUAUUUUAUUUGUUCUAAUUUCUUGUUAUGUUGUAUUUGUUACUGUCAGAUAACACGUGUAUUUGUUUUGGUUUAUUUAUGAAGCUUCAAUCUGCCAUUGCUACC